GAAAUUUAGUAAUUAUAGUAACAUUUGUCUGAAGCAUUCUCUCCAAGCUCUCUCUCUACUGUAUCUUGAAUCUAGAGAGAGAAAGUAGGAGUAAAGCAAAAACCAUCGACGACAGCUCUGAGAGUCGGUCCAUCUCGGGGCUUCCGUAAAUCGGAAAAAGGCAAAACCCCGAGAAGGCCAAUUGGGAAAAGCGGAGAAGGGGAAUAGUAUAAUAGGAGCAGGGAACGAAUGGAAAUGUCGGUCUGGAUGUGAACCGGAAUCGGACAAUCCGGCCCCAGAAUUGGAGAUCUCCGCAGUGGCUUUGCCAAGUUCUGGGGUUGAAUUAAUAAAAGAUUUACAUGAUCUGGAAUAUUAAGCGCUAAUACUUAUAUGUCGGAGAAGUCAGACAAGAGAUAGCGUCAAUAUUGUUGGAGGAAAAUGAAAUCCGAUGCACCUCUUGAUUAUGCUGUGUUCCAGCUGUCACCAAAGCGUUCCAGAUGUGAAUUGUUUGUUUCCAGCGCUGGCAACACCGAAAAGCUUGCAUCAGGCUUGGUGAAGCCGUUUGUGACUCAUUUGAAAGUUGCAAAAGAGCAGGUGGCUUCUGCUGUUCAGUCAAUUAAGCUUGAAGUAGAAAGAUGUAAAAAUGCUGAAACAUGGUUCACGAAAGGAACACUUGAGAGGUUUGUGCGAUUUGUCAGUACGCCCGAGGUUCUGGAACUGGUUAAUACAUAUGAUGCUGAGAUGUCUCAGUUAGAAGCAGCUCGUAGAAUCUAUUCACAGGGUGCGGGAGAUCAGCUUUCUAACAAAUUGAGUGGAGAUGGAGCCACAGCAGCAGCUGACGCAACAAAGAAGGAACUUCUAAGAGCCAUCGAUGUACGGCUUGCUACUGUAAGGCAGGACUUAACAACAGCUUGUGCUCGGGCAGCAGCUGCUGGGUUUAACCCUGAGACAGUCUUGGAACUCGAACUGUUUGCAGAUCAGUUUGGAGCCAGCCGCCUAAGCGAAGCAUGCAUUAAAUUCAUUUCGCUGUGCGAGAGGCGGCCGGACCUGAUUGGCCCAUGGAAGGCCAGAGCGGACGAUCGAGCCGUCCGAUCGUCGUGCGGCUCGGACAUGUCAAUCGAUGACGAAGACCCUGCCGAAAGCAAACACUCGACCGGCGACGACCCAGAUGUAUCUCAAUACCAGGACCAAUCUAAACCCUCCACGUGGCAGCAGCACUCAAGAAGGCUCUCCUCUGUCACCUUCCCCGUAGGAGGACAUCACAGUAGGGAGCCGAGCGCCGACGUCAACCGAGACGAGGCUAGGGAAAGCGAGGAGGGUGGCGAGAAAGGGAAGAAAGACCAGAGCGUGAACCAGGGGGAAUCGCCUCAGCCUCAGCCCGCUCAGCCCGCAAGGCGUCUUAGCGUUCAGGACCGGAUCAACCUCUUUGAGAACAAACAGAAGGAGAGUUCUGGCAGUGGUGGCAAGCCCGUCGUUGGGAAGUCUGCUGAACUUAGGAGAUUGUCUUCUGAUGUGUCUUCCGCCCCCGCGGCAGUUGAGAAGGCAGUGCUGAGGAGAUGGAGUGGGGCCAGUGACAUGAGUAUUGAUUUGAGCGUUGAUAAGAAGGACGUUGAGAGCCCUUUGUUGACGCCGCCUUCUUCUUCUUCUUUGGUUCCUCAAACCAAGUCUGAGGAGCACAAGCCAUUCAACGACACGCCGGCUUCUGAUAAGCCUGAGUUAAAGAGUGUUAUAUGUAGCGCUGGUGAUAGUGGGUCAAAGCAAGAGGGGGACAGCCACACAAAGGUGGGGUUGAAUACUGGAACCCCUCGUAUAGUUUCUUCUGGCCGGUCAGAAGAUGCUUCUGGCUCCACUAAGUUGACUACUUCUUUGCAAAGAGUUGAGAUUGAUGACUGGAAAAAUCAAACACGUAGUAAGACCCGGACCCAGUCAAGGUCAUUUCUCCGGGAGGAUGAUACUUUGAGCGAUCAGGUGAUAUCUCAAUUGCAAUCCAAAUCCUUUCCUGUCGUUAGAGCAGAGGAUAUUGGUUUUACCAACCAAAUAAGUGACAAGGCUUAUUUUGCCAAGGACCAAACUUCUUCUGACACACAGAUUGCUGGAAAGAAAGAUCGUGCUGUUCCGCAGACCCAGUUUAGAGUGGAAGGUGCUGGAUCAAAAGGUCAAUCAGCGUCUAAUUUUAGGGCAUCUCCUUGGACAACUGCAGACUCUGGGCAUUUGGAAGAUGGCUCUGGAGUCAAAUUUGGUGAACUCUCUGCUGCUGAGCAUAAAGGGAUUGAUACUGAUUCAUUAGCUUCGCAGCGUCAGUCCGUCACAUGUACUGGAGAAGUAGAUGGAGUGGUGAAGAGAGAUUUAGGGUCUUCCGAGAAGCAACCCUUUGAUUUCACAACAAAAGCAGAGGACUCUGGGCUUCAAAAAAUGAAGUUCCAGCGACAGGUUUCUGCUCCUGAACAGAAUAAGAAGUCACAAGCUAGGAGGGAAGAAAACAGUUCUGAUUCCAGGAACAGCAGGCCAGCUUUAUCUGGCCAAAUAGUUUCGGAAGGUCAGGAGGCUUUUGGUAUGUUUUCAACUGGUUCAACAGAGCAAGUUCAGAGGGUAAGGCAGUCCAAAGGAAACCAAGACCUCAAUGAUGAGCUGAAAAUGAAAGCAAAUGAGCUUGAGAAACUUUUUGCAGAGCAUAAGCUUCGGGUUCCUGGGGAGCAAUCCAGUUCUGCAAGAAGAAACAAGCCUGUUGACAUGCAGAUGGAACAAGCAGCAAGUUUACCCUACAGAAAACCACAAGUAGAGAUUCCUCCGGCACAAGUGCCUGACAAGAAUUCAGUGCCUGAACCUUUGAGAGGUGCCAGCAAUGAUUCAAUAUUUGGGGUUAGCCCACUGGUAAAAAUGGCAGAUACUCCAAACUAUGGUGAUUCUCUGAAGCAGAAUUUUCCUGAGCUUGGUGUUUCAGAUGAUUCUAGAGGAAAAUUCUAUGAAAGGUAUAUGCAGAGAAGAGAUGCAAAACUUAGGGAGGAGUGGGGUUCUAAAAGGGCGGAAAAGGAGGCCAAGAUGAGGGCCAUGCAGGAAAGCUUCGAGCGAAGUAAAGCAGAGAUGAAGGCCAAAUUCUCAGGACCUGCUGAUGGACAAGCGGCAGUUAGUGCUCGUAGACGUGCAGAGAGAUUCAGAUCUUUCAAUCCUCGCUCAUCUAUGAAAAAGGAGCAGCACCCAAUAGAUCUUCUGCAGAGUGAAGAUGAAGAUCUGUCAGAAUUUUCACAACAGUUACCAUUUGGCACUGAGACAUCUUUGGGGGACACUACUUCUAAAAGCAUACAGUCUAAGAAGCUUUUGACCAGUAAAAGUCUGUCCGCUUCCACCACCCGCACGUCAGCAGUUCCGGCAGUGAGGUCAGCUGUAAAAGCUUCCAACUCUGGUUCUGGGAGACGAAGAGUGCAGUCUGAAAAUCCUCUUGCACAGUCAGUCCCCAACUUCUCAGAUUUGAGAAAAGAAAACACAAAGCCUUCUGUGGGAGCUAGCAAAACAACUCGUGCACAAGCAAGAAACUAUGCUCGCAGCAAGUUCAACAGUGAAGAGAUUUCCCUUGUCAGUGAAGAGAAACAGCGAAGAUCACAGUCUGUAAGGAAAAGCUCAGCAAGUCCUGCUGAAUUUAAGGACUCACCCUCUCUAGAUUCAGAAGGUGUUGUUUUGACACCGUUAAAAUUUGAUGCAGAGCAAACUCAGCAUAAUCUCUAUGGUAAGUUCCCAAAGAAUGUGGAGUCAAAGCCUUUCCUCAGGAAGGGUAAUGGAAUAGGUCCUGGUGCUGGAGCUGUUAUAACAAAGAUGAAGGCUUCAAUGGCAUCCAAGUCUAUGAACAUUGAAGAAGAGUCAGAUGAGGUGGUCUUUGAGCCAGAGGAGUCAGAAGAUGCUGUAAAGGAUGAAGAGGAGGAAGAGUCUGAACUCACAGCUAUUGAAGAUCAGGCUAAGACAGAUAAUGAGAAAUCAAGACUAAGCCAGGAAUCUGAUAAGUUGGUUAAUUCUGGGUCUGAAAGUGGUGAUGUAAGAUCUUUUUCCCAAGGUGACCCAUCUUUUGUGGCUGAAUUGCCUACUGCCAUUCCUUCAAACUUUCAACCUGUUGGUUUUGUGCAAGAUUCACCUGCUGAAAGCCCUGUGUCAUGGAAUUCUCGAGUGCAACAUGCAUUUUCUUAUGCACAUGAGACUUCUGAUGUUGAUGCCUCUGCCGACUCUCCAAUGGGAAGCCCUGCAUCCUGGAAUUCACAUUCUCUAAAUCAAGCGGAGGUUGAUGCAGCUCGAAUGAGAAAGAAAUGGGGAAGUGCUCAGAAACCUGUUCUUGUCUCUAAUUCUUCCCAUACUAAUUCUCGCAAGGAUGUGAGAAAAGGAUUUAAACGCUUGCUAAAAUUUGGUCGGAAAAGCCGUGGCAAUGAAUGUAUGGUUGACUUGAUUUCUGCUACUACUUCUGAAGGAGAUGAUGAUACUGAAGAUGGGCGAGAUCCAGCCAAUCGGUCAUCAGAAGAUCUGAGGAAGUCGAGAAUGGGAUUCUCUCAAGGUCAUCCUUCUGAUGAUAGCUUCAAUGAGAGCGAGUUUUACAGUGAACAAGUUCAAGCCUUGCACAGUUCUAUCCCGGCACCUCCAGUGAACUUUAAACUGAGGGAGGAUCAUUUGUCUGGAAGUUCUAUUAAAGCCCCGAGAUCAUUCUUUUCUUUGCCUCCAUUUCGGAGCAAGGGAAGCGACUCAAAGCCGAGAUAACUCUCUCUGAGAAGAAGACUGAGCUCCUGGUUGUUUGGUGGUAACAUGUCCAACUGGCUGAAAAGGAUAUAUAUCUCUCUCUGAGAAGAAGACUGAGCUCCUGGUUGUUUGGUGGUAACAUGUCCAACUGGCUGAAAAGGAUAUAUCUCUCUCUAUAUAUAUAUUUACGGAUAGCAGGUUGUUGAGGUAGGCAACGAUCAUGUCUCUUUGCAUAUCUUCAAUUCAUAUUGUGAUGCCUUACCUUGCUCAUGAUUUAGCCAGAUAUUUCUAGUAGUUGUGUUAGAAUGUCAAAGUUUGUAUAUCAUGUUAAGGGGGAAAUUGCCAAUUGGCAGAUCAUCCGUGAUUUUGGUAGUCAAAAGCAUUCUUUGUUCAUCUUCAUUUGGACUAGACUUUGUGUGAUGUAUAUCAGAAGAUAUUGAACUAUUGUGGAGACACAAAAAUAUUAGCAAUUAUAAGAAAGAGUAAUGUAUCUCUAUAUAUAUUCUAUUUGCACAAUAUAUGAUUACCCACCCUAUCUAUUGUUGUGA